AUGCCACAGCUCUCACAGGAUGGGUCUGAUCCACCUAAUGGCACCCACCACCGCUACCUUCGCUUACCAGUGGAUGUAAAUGGAAAAAUCAUGUUAUCCAAAGCCGCUUCACCUCAAGACACCACGAAAUUUUCCACUUUAAAGAAGCCAGCAAAAGUUGCUACAGUGCUGCAACAGUCCUCAUACAGCCGUCAAAUGCGUGGAUCAACGGUUGAACCGCCUGCUGGUCAACGCUUCUCCUCAAUGACUCUACCAACAGGCAUCGUACAACCUCAGGUCACAGCUCUUCGUUAUCCCUUCUAUCGAAUUCAGUCACCUCAGAUGAUUCGGCAGAACUCAGUUCCGAAUUCGCCGUGUUGUCCAGGUGGACCAUUUCCGCGAUUUGUUGGUAGAACACCUAAUCCUCAACAAAAUCAUCAACAACACGCUUCUAUGGUUCUUCCCUAUCCAACAGUCACGAUUCCUGCCACUACAUUGUCCUGUAUUGCCACUCCAAUGACUCAGAGGCAGGCAAGACAUUUAGCAAAGCAGACUUUUCCUGCUGAUGAAGUUCCAAAAACUCCUUCAAGUUCUUCGUCCUCUCGAGACAGUGGAAUAAUGUCUCAGGACUCUUCGACUUCCUCUCAGUCCUUCACCAACGAUGAAUUCAACAACAGUCACCAAUUGAAUGGAGGUGGAUUUAGGACUCCUCAGUGUGUUUCACGACGAGGGAAACAUAUUGCCAAGAAGAUGGUUGUUGAAGCACCAGCUGUGAGGUAUCGAGGAAGUGGUGGUGGGACCGGGGGUACUCUUAACAGAGCCAGAAUGGCUAAGAGUGUUAACGCUGGAAGUAGAGUUGCAUCGACAACGACUAGCACAACAUCAUCUCCUGCGACUCCUCGAGCUAGCUGGAAUUCUUCAUCUUCUACUGGAGGCGAAAAUGAAUCGGUGAAAACGGGUAAUAGGGUAGGUCGUUCCACGAGUCUGUGCUCCGAAACUCUGGAAAGGGAAAGGAAAAAGCGAAAUAUGCAGGGGAAACAGGAUUCAACGUCUAUGGCGGUACUGGCAACAACAAAUUCGGGGAGGAUUCCAAGGCCCACAAACCUAGCAGGAGAUAGGAGUCCACGAGGUGAGAAGGAGGUGAUGGUAUUGGCGAAGAAGGUUCAUCACAUCCUCAAUGCAGAUGAAAAGCCCACAAGGAAUAGCUCCCUACCUUCGGGAUCAGACCGUCAGUUUGGUACAGCAGCAUCACCCUCACAGAUUUCAGCCCUCCGAGCCAAAACUCUAAGUCCUCCACCCCAGUUUGCUUCUUCGAAGACCCUUCUCAAUUCCCCUCCCGCCAAUUCAAUGACUUCUGACUCCAGUAGUACAUCUACCUGCACCCUUGCUGCUAAUACGAAGGAAUCUAAUGCUUCACUCCAAAACCGAAUCACAUUAGGCAAUUUUUCCAAUCUUGAUGAUACUCCGACUCCGUCAAAUCGUGGAACUCCUGAACCUCGUGCAACCGUUGCGGCAAAGCCGCGAGUAGUGGUGGAAGAAUUCAACACUCUCACAAUCCCAACCAUGCCGAUGUCUCCACGAUCUCCUCGCCUCUCGCCGCGAUUGAGUGGAGCUGGAGAAGAUCACCUAGAGGGCUCGUUAGGUUAUGGACCUCUGAGUCACAUUAAACUACCCUAUUCGACGCCUGUGAUGCAGAGAAUGCAUCAGACGACGGGAAGAAGUGGCAAUGCAUCAGAUUCUGCAUUUGAGGCAGCAAAAUUAAGGCGUGAACUCGAACUUGCCCACCAGAAGGUCGCAGCACUCACCUGUCAGCUAUCCGCAAAUACAAGCGUUGUUCAAGCCUUUGAACAGAGUCUCCAAAGCAUGAACCAACGGCUGCAUCAACUUUCAGCUUCAUCAGCACUCAAGGAGAGGGAAGUACAAGAGCUGAGAAAAAUUAUCGACAGAUUUAGGUGUCAGGCUCUACAGAAUGACUGGCCCCCUGCCAUGGAGAAUGCGAGGAAUGGGAGGAAGCUCUCACAAUCUCAAGAGUUUGUUAAAUCUCACCACAUACUUGAUUCAGAAAUGCUGCAACAAGCAGGCAGUCUAUCUAGCCUUGUGCACGGUCCCCAUGCCAUUACUGGUGGUGGCGGUGGGGCAUAUGGCGAGGUGGGCCGGUACCUUCACGACUCCACCGGUCGUGGCUUCAUGUCACCCAGCUACAUGCCCAUCCGCGAUUCCUUGGAUCGGGCCAAUAAGAAAGCAGGCUGGUUGCGUUCUUCCAUCAGUCGCGCAUUCCGACGCAGUAAAAGUCGCGAUCCUCCUGAUCGCACUAAGGUGACCUCCACCUCAUCACAGGACCCUAACCAACCCAGUCCCAGCAGCGGUUCAAGCGUGCGUCACUCCCCAUCUAGUUCAAGUGGCGAAUCGCCUUCGACCACAGGCAGGGUGGACUCGGAGGAGGGUGGCGAGAGUAUGGCAACUGAUGCAGGUGGGGUGAUGGAGGCGACGCAAGAGACGGUCCGCCAGCUUCAGCAUCAGGUGCGUUGUCUACGAGCUGAAAACGCUUUCCUACAACGCGCUGUCGAUCGAUGCUCUCUCGCCACCUCCGAGUCCGACAAGGCCUCCGUCGGUUCUGCAUCAGCUCCUGGUGCCUUUUCACUCGUUGCUAAUCCCCUUCGAAUAAAACUCUUUGCAGUAACCCCUGAAAUUGGACAACACGCCGUCCCAGUCUUCCUAAGAAUGAGCUACAAAGAUAUUCCUUCCCGACCAAGCGAUGAUGUACAGAACUUUCGACGCACAACUGCGCCCUCCAGCCCUAGUCAGCACUACCUAUCAUUGCCAGGGCAACAGGCGCAGCAAAUGGGCUGCACUUCUCCUAACAUCAGCACACGAUUGCUUUUGGAAGAGUCUAGAACUGACGAUUUGUCACAUCUUCAUCUAUUAGGAAGGGUUUGUCUCAAUACGUCUGCAUCUGAUCUACUAGCCAAAGUGAAGAAUCUUUUCCAUACUUACCUACAUUACCUCGACUCAGACGGCCAGAUUGGUAUUAGCGCAGACAGCAUUUCAUCUAUUUGUGUCAAGAUGACACCACAAUCAAUGAAUAGUGGACAACCUCCAAGGGAAGUUCAAAUAUCACCUCACAGCAUCGACAACGGCGCGAUGAGAAUUGACCCAGCCUAUGAAAUAUUGCGCAUAGUGAUCACACUGCAUGAGAAUGCGUAUGCACUAGAGAAGCCAGUAGCACCGAGCUUGCUGAAUCCCCUUGCGGUGUCCUCGAUUGCAUGGAUCUCCCUUCUGUCUGCCCCGCUGCUAGGCAAAAUGAUCGAAUCGCUAUUGGCCAACAAGUUCCCCGGCUUUUGGACGAAUCAGCCGAAUGCAGUUCACUACUACCUCCGCGCAUCUUCCAACGCCAUCAGUGAGCUGCGACAGGUUCUCCUUAAUGCUCUCCUUUCUGUCGAGGGCCUCAUUAUCCUUCGAAUGCCCCCAUCUCUUCUUCCUGAUUUAGUAAACAUAAUGACAGAACUUGGGUUCAACACACACCCUCGCAAGAUUCUCCUCUUGGCAAUCACGGAUACACUGAUCUUUCCUGAGGAACCCACGAAACUUCGAAAUUGUCCCGGAAUAUUUCCCUUCCUCGCUGACAUUCAAAGCGCAUCCAUAUACAUGCGUCGCUGUCUACGGCAGCGCUUCUCCCAGUUCGCCUUCCAGUGUUUAGACGCCUCCAGCGUUUCCAACGCAGCCGAACUUGAUACUCUCACUGAGGUUAUUGAGUGGCUUCCAGAGUUCUGGCUUCGUUGCGUCACAGCUUCGGCAUGGAACAAUCUGACUGACGACUCUGCCUACUCAUCAGCCUUUGUCCUCUCCCCCUUCCGUCUUCUGGCCUGUCCAUUAACUCUUCAAGCCUCCUCCGUGUGGUUUCGUGAAGUCUGCGACUCCGAGGGAAUCUUCCGCCGCAUUGGUGAAUCUAACGGAGAUCUUAUGCGAUGGCUGGCCACUACGUGGCCUUGGCCUAACGAAAAGUUGCCUUUUGCGUUUGCUCCAUUUGAGCGUUCAAGUGUCCCAGCUGAUCCGAUUAUGAAUUCUUCCGCCUCCUCUUCUGCCUCCACCUCGAUGAUUAUGUACGAUUCUAGUGCUUCAUUGCCAGCGCUGCUCUCCGCCACCGGCUCGGGUGGUAAAGUAAUGGGAAGUGGGAGGUAUGUGCGCAGAACCUCACCUUGUCCCAUUCUGAGACGAUGA